GCUCUUGGGGACAAAAGUGAUAAAACUUAAGUGGCGCAGGCUAAGGUCGUUACCAUCAUAUGUGCGUUGAUACUAUUCUCCGACAUCCUACAACUGUCAGUAGACGAUGAUCAUUCAGUGGCGUCGCAUCGUUCUUCGAUCGUGUAUCUAAAUCAUUUUUUUUUCACCUCAACAUAGAUAUGUGGAAUCAUGUGAUUAAUCUGAUUCUUGUGGCAGCUUUAUCUCGGCUAACCUUCUCUUUGCACUCAGACGCGGGUCCAUGGAUUCGAUCUACAAAGGGCGAAGUCUGGCCAAUGCCAAACUCACGUAUGAUUAAAGAAGACUUUUAUUUACUACGACCAUCCAACUUUGAUUUUCGAGUAAAUGGCGAAACAUGCGAUAUAGUGAACGAGGCGAUUGAACGAUACACGAGAAUUAUUUUGACGGAAGCUAGGAUAGCUAGGUUGGUCACGGAAGGACAACCAAGAACAUCCGUUCGAGAAGAUCCUCACUUUAAAGGCACUCUUGAAGCUUUAAAUAUCCGCUUUUUGCAGCCUUGUGAACAAAAUGGCGAGCAUUGGCCUCAUUUAUACAUGAAUGAAUCUUAUAAACUUGAAGUAAACGAGACAUCAUCGAUCGCUAUUCUUCGAGCUGAAUCUGUUUGGGGAAUUCUUCGUGGACUUGAGACCUUCUCACAAGUAUUAGCACCGUCUGGAGACGGCCCGAGUUUAAAAAUAAGAUGUCAAAUCAUUGUGGAUGAGCCAAAACUACCGCAUCGCGGUCUCUUAGUAGAUACUUCACGCCACUAUUUUCCUUUAUCUGACAUCUUGUUGACAUUAGAUGCUAUGUCGUACAACAAGCUAAAUGUUCUUCACUGGCAUAUUGUCGAUGACAAUAGUUUUCCGUAUCAAAGCACCAGAUAUCCCGAUUUAUCCACCAAAGGAGCUUAUCAUCCCUCAAUGAUUUACACUCCCAAUGACGUACAGAAAGUCGUUGAUUAUGCAAGAUUACGAGGGAUUCGAGUAAUGCCUGAGUUUGACACACCUGGACAUACUAGAUCAUGGGGUUUGGCAUAUCCGGAAUUAUUAACUUUAUGUUACGAUUCUUCUGGUAAGCCAAACGGUAAACUAGGACCAAUGAAUCCAACAAAUCUAGCUUUAUACGAUUUUGUAAGGAACUUAUUUUCUGAAAUUGUGCAAGUGUUUCCGGACCAAUAUCUUCAUUUAGGCGGCGAUGAGGUACCUUUUGAUUGCUGGGGCAGCAAUCCAGAAAUUAUUGAGUACAUGAAAGCACAUAAUAUGUCUAGAAAAUACGAAUUGCUCGAGAAUGAGUACAUAGCUAAGAUACUCUCAAUUAGCAAGUUACUAGAUGCUAACACAAUUGUCUGGCAAGAGGUCUUUGACAAUGGUGUUGUAUUACCCGACAGUACCGUAGUUCAUGUUUGGAAGUUACAACAAUGGCAAAAGGAGCUAGAGAGAGCAACAUUAGCAGGACAUCCGGUUUUACUAUCCUCUUGCUGGUAUCUGGACCAUAUGGCUGCCACUGGCGGCGAUUGGGAAAAAUAUUAUAAUUGCGAUCCUUUUGACUUCUCCAACGCGAUCAAUGCUACACAUUUAAUGCUUGGCGGUGAGGCUUGCAUGUGGACUGAAUUUGUCGAUAAGUAAGUAUAACUUUCGGUUUUAUUUAGGGUCAAAAAUUGGUCACAUUUUAAAGUGUUUGAAUUAAAUUAACAAGAAAAGAUAUAUGUUUAAAGUUACAUUGUAG